AUGACAUGCUUGAUUGAUUGGUUAGAACAGGCGAUCGAGAAUAACAGUAUCGAUUUAAUAAAAUUCGAUGGCUUAAAUUUAGAUGCCAAAAAACGUAAAAAAGGUGGCAGUCAUUCACGCCCUUGUGUGGAUUUGAACGGUUUAAAAUUUACAUAUCACACCUUGACCGAUUUUGAUGACAUAAAUAUCGAUGAAGAUGAAAUGAAAACCAUAUUUUCUACGGUGUUGGAACAUGAAAAUAUUAUCAAGGCAUUUAUUUCUCAAAGCGCAAGGUCCCUCGAAUAUUACCUACUAAUAGAAAUUGCAAAUCAAGGAAACCUUGUAAAUUAUUUGGAGAAAACUGAGCUAACUUGGGAUAAAAGAAUAAAUUUAGCGUCACAAUUGAUCAAAGGGUUGGAGUUCCUUCAUAAUCAACAAAUUGUUCAUUCGAGUUUGAAGCAAGAAUGUAAUCUAACUGUCGAUUCUUUAAAUUUUAAAAUUAACCAACAGAAUCCAAAAAAUGUUCUCCUUCACGAUGGUAUUCUAAAAUUAACAAACUUUGGAGGAUUAACAAUAUUUAAAUCAGAUGAUUUUGAAAAUAUUCCAUACGUUGAGCCUCAAGCAUUGACAUUUGAAAAAGGAUUUGUCAAAAGCUUCUACGGCAAAGAUCAUAACUCUUCAAAUAUAUAUGGUGACAAAUCAAAUAUUUAUAGUUUGGGGGUUUUACUCUGGCAAAUUUCUAGUGGCAUCCAGCCUUUCAAAAGUUUAUUACCCAUGAAAAUGGUUGAAUAUAUUAGCAGAGGUGAAAGAGAAGAACCUGUUGUUGGAACUCCCGUUAAAUAUUGCGAAUUAUAUCAAGAUUGUUGGCAAUAUUAUCCAGGUGAGGAUUGUGACAAACGCCCAGAUUGUUUAAUGGCCUUUAAGAAGCUUGAACAAGUCGAUAUGAAAGAAGUCAUAUCAGUAGAUACUCAGUAUGAAGACACUUCCGAAUUGGAUUUGGAUAUUAACAAUUAUUAUAAAUUAAGAAAAUUUCACUCAGCACCUAGUUUGUGUGGCGAAAGCACUCUUAUUGGGACGUCGUUUGAAGAAAACGAUGAUACAAACAAUAUACAAGAAAUUUAUCAGGAGUCUGAUGAUUUUAUCAUUAAGUUUCUUUCACAGCAAUGGAAUAUACACAAAGGAUUGAAAGUUUACGGCAAUACUUUUAUCUAUGGUGAAGAAAUUCUUACAGAAGAUGGAACAAUCACCCCUCAUAGGAUAAAACAACUUGGCCAAAUUUAUACAAUUUAUACAAAUAAACCUAGCAAUAUAUUUGAAAAUUUAAAAAAUGAAUGUGUUUCUAUCCAAAAUUUAGAAGAAAUUGACAUUUGUUUACAUAUUCCGCUUCUCAAUAUUGAUUAUGAAAAUUUUAAAAUAUCUGAUGAAUUUGUUAAGACUAUUGAAGAGAUACUAAAAAAUCCAGAUCAGAAGUCUAUUCGCGGGGCUCUUCAAAAAGCCUUUGAAAAAUAUGGUGAUUAUAUAGCUAAAAAAGUUAUUAUUGGUGGGGCACUUAGGAUAAAAUCAGCAUGGCCUAAAGACAGAAAAUCACUUAUACAGGAUUUUGACAUUUUAAAGGCUAAUUUACAUUGGAUUAGUGAUCAAAUUAUUUCAGGAAAGUCUAACGUAUUUGGCCAAGUUCCAUAUGAUAAUAUUUUCAGAAUUGAAGAUACGAAUAAUCCGAAUAAUCGAAAAAUUAUUUCUGGACAUGAAUUAAAAUCUUGGAUGGAAGAUUUUUAUGGCCAAAAUAAAGGACAUGUUAUUGCAUUUAAUGAAAUUAUCCCAACAUAUACAUUACUCAAAGAUGAAAUUAAGCAAGAAAUAAUUAAAGUUUGCGGGGAGCUUCGAAAUAUUGAUUAUGAGCAUAAGAUUGUUCCGUACAUAACUAAUAAUCCUAUCCCUGAACCUGAAUCAUGGACCGAAAGUUCGCCUAUGAUAUAUUUGUGUCAUUGGAUUAACGACCUACAUUUUAAUUAUGGUUUAACUGUUCAACAAAGCCGUAUAAGGCAUGGAUUGGAAAUUGCGUUGGAAUUUCUUGAUAUACCUGAAAUAUGUUUAUUAGAUAAAUCAUAUAUGCAUUUACGGCAACCCAUUAGUAAAAAAGAGGCAUUCACUCUAGCGAAUCAUAUUAAAAUCGACGAUAUUAAUGUCACAGAGAUCCCAUUUUUGGCAGAAAGUUUAACAAAUCUUCAUCCUAUAUUUGACAAUCAGCAUAAAUCGAAUGAAAUUCAUUGUUUUAUUGCAUCUGAAAAAAUUAAAUUAACAUUCAACAAGGACAAAUUAAGACCUUCUGAAAGCUUUUCGAAAGCAGUAGAUAAAGCACUUGACAGUGACUAUCCAUUUUGCAAUUUAAAAAAUAUUUUUGAUAAAUUUGGAUAUUUUUGUCCUCAAAACAUUAUUCUUGGCAUUACAUUUUCAAAAAUUUAUAAAUCUGAUAAUAAUAACCAAUUUGGAACUAAUGAACUUGUUGAAUUUAAUAUAGAUGGAGAUGAGUCCAGAAUUAUAGAGAAGCUUAUAGAAUGGAACGAAUCUAUAAAAGAUUUAGACACAUUCUUUUUGGAUUUUAAUGGUGAUAUAGUAAAUGGAAAUGAAAUAUAUUCCCGAUUGAAAAACUUUCAUGAAAAAGAUUGCAAGACAGUAAUCCAAGAUUUAAUUCCGCUAUACAAAAUAUUGCCAAAAGCUAAACAGAAUGACAUAGAAAGUAUAGCUUCCGAUAAUUAUCAUAUUGUCAUGACAGGUUCCACAAAAAUCACGCGUGUCAAUCAAACGCAUAUGAAUAUUCAAUUCGAGAAUCCCCUUCAAGAUAACAAUUAUGAAAUAUUUGGUUAUCUAUUUAUUAAUGAACAAAAGGCAACGGACGUAAUGAUCAGAUUCAAUUUAGCAAACCAAUAUGGAUGUCGAGCUUACAUCCAUAAACUUGAUAAUAAAAGUAUACCUGUUGGUGCGAAAGUUUUUUGGAUUAUACUCGACAAAGGACAUGGAUAUUUUAGCAGACAUUCUCGUGAUAUCAAAAUUGAUUAUGGAAGGAAAAUAUUGACAGGCGAAUUGCCAACUAGUGUUGAAAUUCCAUUGCAUACAUGGUCGAAUUCAUGUAUUUUUAUUACCAACUUUGAAUCGGAGGAUUUUGACAAAAACCAAAUUAUUAAAAGUAGGCUUAAGCACUGUUCGAUGACUAGUUUAAGUUUGGAUGUGUUUAAAUAUAGUUCUGAAAAGGUACAAAAUGAGAUGUUAGACUAUGCUAUUAUGAGAUGGUGUGUAAUUGAUACUAAUGAGAAUGAUUACAUCAAAGUUGAUGUUGGUGAAAAUUUUUCAACCUUUUUUGAAUGGAGGAUUUUAGGGGAUGUUAUAAAGUAUAGUGUAAACUUUGAAAAUGAUCGUAGUAAUAAUAAAAACUUCAUGGAUCAUGCAAAAGAAUAUAGCCAAGGAACGGUCUAUAUGGCAGGAAAAAAGGUAGUUGAUGUUGUCGCACCAUAUAUUCCGUUAUUCGACAUCGCAGUUAAGUUGAUAAAAGAAAUUAUUGAACUUCACGAUGCGGCUCAAUAUAAUAAAAAUAUAUGUGCUAGAUUAAUGGUACGUGUGAUUGACGCCCAAGGUGAAAUUGAAAAAUUAAAGCGAACCAAGAAACUUAAUGAGAGCAAAUUCAAAGAUCAAAAUUAUUAUAACACUUUUCAAAGGUUUAAUAUUUCUUUAACCAAAAUUAAAACAUUUGAGGAGGAAUUAUCAAAGAUGGUAAAUUUUAGAAAGACUGUGGAAGCAAGUUUAAUUAAAGAAAAGUUUAUGAGCCUGACAGAUGAGUUUGAUACUGCAAUGAGAGAUUUAAGCUUCAGCAUGAUGAUCAAUAAUGAAGAACAGAGAAAGGAAGAUUUUAGAAGUGCCGUUAUUGAUAAAGCUGAGGAAGUUAGGCAAGAAGUUCAAGUAAUGAAAUCACACCUUGUAGAGAAAAUCUCAGAUAAAAUAGAUAAACUCGCAGAAAAAGUUAAUGCGCAGUAUAACGAUAAAACAGUUUUUAAACCUACUAAAAUAGAAGCUAAUCAAUUACAAUAUUGCCAUUUAGACGGAUCAGUUGCUGCUAAGAAUUGUAUAGAUGAAGAUUUUGGAGAUUUUGAUGAUUUAACUAUUUGUGAUGAUAAUAUAAAGCAAAUAAUGCCUCUUGAUGUAGGAUUAAAGAUUCACCAACAA